AUGACCGAAAAAGUGGAUUUAGUAUUUAACUAUGGGGGCAAGUGGGUCCUUUCUCCUCAAGUUGUAUACAUUAAAAAAUUGAAUGAAACCUGGCAUGGUUAUGAUGUGGAUUUGCUGUCAUAUAUUGACAUUUGCUCAGAGUUCAUUGAGAAAUGUGGGUUUAGGGCUGUAAAACAACUGUUAGUAAUAGGGCCAACUGGUAGAUAUUAUUUGCUUGAGGAUGAUUCAAGCAUUAGGACUCUACAAUCUGCUCUGUCUAGUCAGUUUAGUGUUCUUCAAUUAUUUGCUGUAGAUGAGGGUGAAGCUACUGCUGUUAUUCCUAAUAUUUGUGACCUGAACAAGCCUUACCCUGCUGUGCCAGUAGAGAAUUUGCAUGAACAGAAGAAGAGUAGUGUAGAAAAAAUUGAAGAAGAUUUAGGGAGAGCAAGAGCAGCUAUACGGAGAGCUAUUCGUUCAAGAAACUAUACUUCUUAUAAGGAAGAUCAGAAUUUCAUUCCAAGUGGAUCUAUAUACAGAAAUUCAUAUGCCUUUCACCAGAGUUAUAUAGAGAUGAUGAAGAGAUUUAAGGUUUGGACAUACAAGGAAGGGGAUUUGCCUAUGGUACACAAUGGACCUAUGAAAGAGGUAUAUGCAAUAGAAGGUCACUUUAUUAGUGAAAUGGAGAGUCAGAAUAAAGGGGAAAACAAACUAUCUUUUUUGGCUUCCAAUCCUGAUGAAGCUCAUGCAUUUUUUUUACCAAUAAGUGUAGCAUAUAUUGUUCAAUAUCUUUUUAUUCCAGGCACAAAUCAUAUUUUCAGAGAAAAACUACAAAGGGUUGUUGAGGAUUACAUUCACAUAAUCUCUAACAAGUAUCCUUAUUGGAAUAGAAGCAAUGGUGCUGAUCAUUUCAUUGUUUCUUGCCAUGACUGGGCACCAGAAAUCUCCAAUGGAAAUCCAAAACUCUUCAAAAACUUCAUCAGAGUGUUAUGCAAUGCCAAUACCUCAGAAGGAUUUGAACCCAAAAGAGACAUUUCAUUGCCUGAGGUCUAUGGAUUAGCCAACACACUUAAUCUUGCACCACCAGACUUAGGAUUACACCCGAAAAAUCGCCCUAUUCUUGCCUUCUUUGCUGGUGGAGCACAUGGAUACAUUAGACAAACUUUACUUCAACAAUGGAAAGGUAAAGAUGACGAUAUUCGAGUACACGAGUACCUCCCAAAGGGUCAAAAUUACACAAAUUUAAUGGGACAGAGCAAGUUCUGUUUAGCUCCUAGUGGAUAUGAAGUUGCAAGUCCAAGAAUUACUGAAGCUAUUUAUGCAGGAUGUGUUCCUGUUAUAAUUUCGGAUAAUUAUUCUUUGCCAUUUAGUGAUGUUCUUGAUUGGAGUCAAUUUUCGUUGAGUGUUCCAGUUAACAAAAUCGAAGAAUUGAAGACAAUCUUACAAGGAGUUUCUCGCGGUAAGUACUUGAAGAUGCAGAAAAGAGUAAGGAGAUUGCAGAGGCAUUUCAAGUUGCAUAAGCCUUCUCAGCCCUUUGAUGUAAUCUAUACACUACUUCACUCAGUGUGGUUAAAGAGACUUAAUCUUAGAUUGACUACUAAUUGA